AUGUCAGCAGGCAGUGUUGUUUCCACCGUCUUUUUAUGCCUCCUCUCGCUGGCAGCGGCACUACUGAUUUUUUGGUACUACGCAAAGGUAUCUGCAAAAAAUAUACCGAUACUCUGCCGUGUUUGCAGCAUUGUUGCUCUCUUUUCCACCAUUCUGCCAUUUCCACUUCUUGUGGUGGAUAUCAACGCUGCCCUUGACACCAAAGCGGACCCUGCUGUGCCAAAGGAGACGUGGAUGAUUGGUGUGUGGUACACCAUUGUGGCGGUAACAUACAUUAUGGGUUGGGCAGUGUUGCCUGUGUCGCAGCUCUACACAGAGGUGGGGGAGUUUUUACCUCGGCAAAAGAUUAAACACGCGAUCAUGAAAAACUUGAAGCUGUACGUCAUAUAUUUGAUUAUUAUCGUUGUUCUCUUUGGCUACAUUGUCUUUCUCAAGAGGGCAUACGGUUCUUUUGCCAGCAUUCUAAAGCUUGCGAUUUCACUGGCGAAUGCUUGGGGGCUUAUUCUUCUGGUGCUCUUUAUGUCGGCUGGUUUGGUGGGUGUGCCGAAGAUGCUGUGGAGAAGCUCUGAUGCCGUAAGGAUGCUGCGUCGCGCCUACUUCAAGGCGGUUGAGAUUCAGGAGGAUUUAGAUAUCGCCGCCAUGAAGCUGGCUGAGAUCAAGGCCGAGCUCAUGACGAUUUAUCCCCUGGUGGCGGAGGAGCACAAGGUAUACUGGACCCACAUGAUGGAAGAGAUUGACGCUGCCGAUCGCGACAUACCAAAGUACCACGCUGCAAGUGCACGUGUAAAGCCUAUGACGGGGGACCAUCACACGGAUGUUUCCCUGCAACACUUGGAGGCGCUUCACGAGCGUGUUAAGUACUCCAUCAAAAUUGCGCUGCGCAUGAAUCACCUAUGGGACACCACACUGCGCGACUGCCAGUCGUACGACGAGUUGAUACGUGGGGUGAAAACCAGCAAUAAUCCACUAAAGCGGUGUUGGUUUCCUGUGCGAGGCAUUUUCUAUAAGGUGGCUGCUGCGUGUACCUGCGUUCUCACGCUCUUGGUACUUUGGAGUGAAAUUGUACUGCCGUUCCAGCCGCUGACGAACAAGCAGCUUUCUGUUAUUGCCUUGGCAAUGCGUAGCGACUUUCAACUUGUGGGGUCGAUGAUGUUUAUGUUUUACAUGGCUUACUGCUCCUACUGGGCCAUCCUGCAGCUCAAGGUGUUUGACAUAUACGUCAUGCUUUCCGGCAUCGCUGAUAAUGCGUCGAUGUGUUUUAGCGUCAUUUUUUUGUCGCGCCUUAUUAUGCCGCUGGGCUUCAACUUUUUACUGAUUUCCGGUCUCGUGGCGGACGACAUCGACGUUAUGUACGGUCACGUGUACCGCCGCAACAUGGAUGUCAGUCUGGUGCUUGGCACCUGGCUUAACCAAUUCAUCCCAUUAUUUAUUCCCUUCGUCGCGGCGCUGGUGCUACUGAAACUUACAGGCCGUCUGCUUGUCAUCGCUGGUGUCGAGAUGCACGACCCCGACGACGUGAUGAGCAACACCGUGCUCCAGCGCAUCGAGGAUGGAUACAGGCUCGUGUCACACGCUCUUGGGCAGUCACUGACGGUGUUGGACCUCGGCAGUUUGGGAAUCUCGUCGAAAGGAUCAGCGUCGGUGCAUGUCGCCGCCGCCGCCUCAGCGGGGAAGACGCGACCCCCAGAGCGCGGGGAACGUUACAGGGAGUAUUUGGCGCGAAAACAGGCCAGAGAGGAGAAAGAGCCCACUUGA